CUUCGCUAUAAUCUGACGGACAUUUGGACCUGUUCGCGUCGACGUACCCGGUUCCAACUAGGAAGAGCGGCCAUGUCUGAUUUGAGAAGAAGUAUGGAGCUUGGAGAGCAUUGACAAUAGCGCCAUGCAGUAGAGGUUUUCGCUGAAGAGUGUAUAAAUACCGUGUUGUUCAAGCAGAAACAGACUUCUCUCACAAGCCCAUCAUCACUUCGACACAAUUUCGAACACAUCUAUCUGGUCUCUUCAUCAUGCAUUUCCUAUCAUUCAUCGCUGUCGCCGGAGUCCUCAGCAUCUCUGCAGUCUUAGCAGAACCCACACCACCUCAGUCACCAAAAGGUGUUGAUUGCAAAGCCGUAAACUUGGCACUUACAGUACUCAAGAAAUUGGGACCGCCGGCUACAUCUUUCUGUAGUCCGUACCCCAAAGUCUCUACCACCAAGACAAUGUCUAUAACAACAACUACAUCAGUGACUACCGUGACGACCUCCAUAUCGACCGUCACCGUCAUAAGCCCUGUUUGUGAAGCGCCGAAGCGCCGAAGCGCCGAAGCGCCGAAGCGCCGAAGCGCCGAAGCCCUGCUACAACUACAGCAUGUGCUGUGCCGGUAUGCACGACGAACGGUGGGCGCUGUGAUCUUACAGACCCGGGAGCAUGUUGCGGUCAGGCCUGCAUGAACGCGGUUCCUUUUCUUACCUAUUUCUCCUUCUUUUAGUCUCCGAAUGUGGUAUCACUUGAAAGUGCGUUGAUGUCAAAAUGAUAAACUUCUUUGAUGCUCAUUAACGAGCUAUAACGACAUCUAGGGUGCGUCUCUGCGAUUGCUUCAUGUCAUGUGAUUCCCGUCUACAAGACAUUCUGGCACUGUGUAUCUUGCUCUCUCAUUAAUGUGACAAAAAUUCCCAAUUUCCUUUUUCAACAG